CGCAAGAGAGCAUCCAACAUGGCGUCGGAGACUGAGGGUGUAAUGCUUCCUACAUGAAAAGUCGGUCGAGAAAUGUCUCGUCUUGCCGACUACUUUGCCGUUGUUGGCAUCGACAAGGACUCAAGUUUAGGUGACGAGAUAAAAGGAAAAGUGCUGCAAAGAUUCCCAGCUCAAGACCGAAAAGAUGUGCCUUUUCCAGAAGGGAUUGAACUGUUCUGUCAGCCAAGUGGAUGGAAAACAUCCUAUUUCAUCAAGCCACACACCUUCUUUGUUUCCGUCCUCACAGACAUGGAUGGAUUACACAGUUAUUGUGCCUGUUUUACCUUCUACGAACCAUAUACUCCAAACCAAAAAUAUACCAAAAGCUCUAAGAAUGAAAGCAUGUCGGAUACCUCUUCUGUAAGAACAAUACCAGACAGCAAUCCUGGGAUAUCAUUCAAUAAUGAAGAUUUAUCUCUAGAUGCUUAUGUUCCAAAAUGUUUGUGCUUGGUGUCGAGGGUGACAUACUUCGAAGUUCUCAAGAAUUGCCUCACAACAGUCUAUCUUUCCUUUCUAUCGGGCAACAAUACAUUGCUAGAAAAACUUAUUGGAUCUAUCCUAGGAUUUGUCAAAGUACCUCCACCAGGAGGGCCUAAGUUGACAUUUUCAAUUGGUGCUGGUGACCGGCAGACUCUGUGCCCGCCUGUUUCAGAGACAAUCCCAGUCACUGAAAAAAGUGUCGCUGUUCUGUUUCAGCAGAUAGGGAUUCAUAACAUGAUGUCAUUGUUCUGUGCCGCCGUCACAGAGAACAAAAUUCUUUUCAUGUCUAGCAGUUAUGUUUUGCUUACCAAUGCAACAAGAGCCAUGCUAGCACUAAUGUAUCCACUAAAAUUCAGCUAUGUAUAUAUUCCAAUUCUUCCAUCGGAUCUGCUUGACUUUCUAAAUGCACCGACUCCAUUCAUCAUGGGAGUACACGAGCACUACAAGGACAAUAUUCCUGACCUGUCUGAUGUGAUACUGGUUGACAUUGAUGGUGGUCAUGUACAUAUACCUGAUAGUGUACAUCUGGCGACAUUACCUGAACCAUUCCUCGGCAGAACAAGAAGAGAAUUAAACCUAGUUAUGAAUCCUCAGCUGGUUAAUGCUGAUUACGUCUUUCAAACUCCUGUAUCGCCGUCACCUUUACUGUUACAGGACAAGGAGAUCAGAGCUAUCUUCAUUCGUUUACUUGCCAGAACAUUAACUGGUUACAGGUCUUGUUUAACACUGAUAAGAAUCCAUCCCAAGCCAGUUAUUACCUUUAAUAAGGUAAGAUUCCUGGAGCAAAGAGUCAUGAUUGGAGACGAAUUUCUUACAAGGGUCCUAGAUAGCAUUGCCUUCUCGACGCUUGUGGUCAACAGAGGACCACCUUACCGCUCUUGUGAUCUGUUUGAUGAGCUUUGUGCUGAGAUAGAAGAAAUCAUUCAGAGUGAGAAUGAUGUCGACGCUGACAUCCUGGCCAACAUACAACACAUCGCCAGAAAACUGUUUGAAAAUGAACCAGCAUGUGAUAAUUCAGAAAACCAAAUCCAGAAUACUCUUGAUGGUAUUGAUACUGAGGUCAGUAAGAAGAGCCUCUUUCCUCAUCUUGAUCAAGACAUAAUCAACCAGUUCAUCAAAGAAGAAGCAUCCCAUGUGGAACAUUUUCAAGUCAUCAACAGUGAACCAAAAAUCGUGCCGUGCAGUACUGGUUCAUACAGCCGACAGCAGCAUUAUAUUCAUAGUAGGAAACUGGAAGUGCUGAAGGACUGUGUGACAUAUAUCUUUGAUAACAAGAUAUCAGAGGCUAGAAUGGCUCUACCAUCAGUGCUUCGAUCUCUGAAAUCCAAAGGUGCACAACUAGCUCUGUGUCAUGAACUAUCACUACGAGCCAAGCAGAAUAGAUCUGUACUUGAGCAUGACCAGUUUGACUUGGUAGUUCGACUGAUGAACAGUGCUCUACAGUCGGACGCUAGUAUGGAUAACACCGCAGUUGCCGCUGCAUUACUCCCUCUCACCACUACUUUCUGCCGGAAACUUGCAACUGGGUGCAUUCAGUUUGCUUACACCGGUGUCCAAGACCAUGCUAUCUGGGAGAAGCAACAGUUCUGGGAAGAAGCGUUCUACAUGGACGUACAGACACAAAUCAAACAGUUAUAUAUCAUAGACGAACCUCCCAAAGCUAACGAAGAAGACACUCUAGAAAAACCAGAGAACAGAUCUUCAAGAAGCAGUCUUACUCCCUCAAUGAAACACAGAAGUUUAUCCACCAAGGAUUCAUCAGGGAGAGAUUCCGGGGAUUCAACGGAAGAUUCUAAAGUUGCCCUGAAACCUGUGAAUAGAUCACCACCAAAUAAACCGCAGCCCAGUGCUCUGGACAUUGCUGCAGAACAGCUCAAGCGCUGGCCAAAUAUGGCCCAGAAAGAGAGGACCAAUUUAAUGUCUAGCGAAGAGAGUAUUGUAUAUAGUCAGGCCAUACACUAUGCUAACCGUAUGGUAUAUAUGAGAAUACCACUGAAUGCAUGUGAAUUAAUGCCAUCAAGAACGCGUAAUCAGGCCCCACACGCUGCAGGUGCCACAGGGUCUAUAGCUGGUCGUGAGGGGUCAGUCAGUGGUGUGUAUACUGCUGAUAGUGCCGUCACUAAUGGAGAAGUCGCAGGGGAUUCAGCCAAUAGUGUGACAGAUAGUGGCUGGGAUAGCUAUCUUGAUGACGAAGAGGAAACCAUCGCAGACACUGUAACAAAAUUUGUGUUACGAUUCGUUGAUCGGGUUGGGACAGAAGCUGGGAUCAGGACAGAACACAUGAAGUCACUUUAUGCAAUGAUUCCAGGUGUCGUAGCCAUGCAUAUCGAAUCACUAGAGCCAGUGUGGGCACAGUACAGGCGUUUAGCACCCCAAAGAAAGAUCAAGAUCAUGCGGCCAGCUUUGUUGACAGGAGAAGAUAUGUUAUGUGAUGGUUUGAGAUGCUACUUAUUGGCUGAUGGCCGAGAAUUAGGAAGGGGAGGGGAAGCUGGGGGACCAUGUUUGAUUCCUGCUGAAGGAGCUGUGUUUCUUACUAACUAUCGAGUCAUCUUCAAGGGGACACCUAUUGAUCAGUUUGCCUCGGAGAUGAUAGUGACCAGAAGUUUUCCUGUUGGCUCUACGAUACGGGAGAAGAAAAUUGGCGUCACUUUUAUGGAACAUCUGGGACAGUGGCUACAUGACUGUAUUCAACUGCGGUCUAGCACGUUCCAGUUAAUGAAGCUUGCUUAUGACGAAGAAGUAGGCACAGAGAUGGUAGAGAUUUUCCGUAAGCGGCUCCACACCGUACAAGCUCCGCAAACUGUAUUCAGCUCGUUUGCUUUCGUUGGCAAAGGACUCGGUAGAACGCCAACAUUUGUAAUCAAAAAGCAAAUGGAACGCCAAGGAACAUUACGAAAAACAAGAAAAAAAUUCCAUGACCUAACAUCCUCGUCUAAGAGAGGUAGUUUACCAAACCUUAAGAUAUCAGCAAGACGGAAAAAGUAUAGUGCAGGGAGCAACCCUAGGGAUGGACCUGGUUCUCCCAGUGGAUCUAUGACAGAUGAUGAUUCUGUAGUUGAUAUUAGUGAUAUCCCUGUUAAAGUAGACCCUAUUGUACAGGGUGUUGAUCGGUUAAAUAGAAUGCCAUGUUGCCAGGAUUACUCGCGGUUAGGAUUUGGAAAUGUUUCUAAAGGACCUGGCGGUGGACCCUGGAGAAUUACUAUGGUGAACUAUACCUAUACUGUUUGCAGAAGUUACCCUGCAGUUCUUGUCAUACCACAAUCAAUCUCAGACGACACUCUUCUCAGAGUGGCCAAAAACCAUCGGCAGGGACGUUUUCCUGUAGCUAUCUGGAAGCACCAUAAGAAUAAGGCUACUUUACUACGUGCUGGAGGAAUUGAGAGGAGCAGUAUGGCAUCUCUCAUUCGCUCAGGGAUUGGUAGCUCAGGGGGGCAGUCUAUACCUUCCUCAUCGCUGGAGCAAGAAAAGCUAUUUGGAGCUGUUGUUACUGCAACUCCCCUGUCCAAGAACAAGGCUGUAGCAAGAGCAAACUCACUCCAUCAUGGGGUGAUUCUUAAUCCACUCAUCUCCAGUAAACUGACAGAAGAGGUCGAUGCUGGUCAGUUAGUUGACCAUACACUAAAGAGAAAAGGAUGGGAGCCAGCUGCUUUAUAUGUUCUUGGAGACAAACAACACCUACGGAAUGUAAAGCAGGAAGCUUAUUCUAAAGUGGAAUUUGUCCCCGUUGAGCUACCAGAUGUGCGCGCCGUACGUGCAUGUUUCAAGAAGUUCCAGAGAGCAUGCUGCCCGAGUCAAGAUACUACUGAGAGUUUUUAUAAACAGAUUAACGAAUCUGAAUGGCUACAUCAGCUCAGCGCAGUCCUCAAUGUAUCGAACGCUCUGGUAGAUCUUAUUGACAUUCAAGGCUCAUCUGUCAUGGUGUGCUUCGAAGAUGGCUGGGACGUUACAGCACAGGUUGUGUCCUUAGCAGAACUAUGUCUCGAUCCAUACUAUCGAACCAUCAAAGGAUUUAUUCUACUAAUCGAGAAGGAAUGGCUUGGCUUUGGGCAUCGCUUCCUACAUCGAGGUAACCAGGUGGCAUCUGCACAGAGACAGAAUUCAUUCACCCCAAUAUUCUUGCAGUUUCUUGAUGCUGUACAUCAGAUUAUGCGACAGUUUCCACUGUCGUUUGAAUUCAACGAGAAUUUUCUCUGUACCAUUGCGUACCAUCACGUGUCAAUGCGCUUUAGAACUUUCCUACUGGACUCAGAACACGAGCGGUAUGAAGCUGGAUGGAUGACUGAAGACGAUGGCAAGAAAACUGGUAAAUCAUUGUGGGAUUAUAUUGACGAACAGAACCAGAAGUCGCCUGCUUUUCACAACUUUCUGUAUGCUUUGGGACAUCAAAAAGUUCUACGUCCAUUCUGUAAGAUCUCUAAUCUCAAGGUAUGGAAGUACUACGUGACAGAGAACCUUUCAACCGGUCCAUUAUACGACGCUGAACUUGUUAAUGAAGUAGAAUCAACAGUUGAAGACCAACAAUCUCCACAGCACAAACACGACGUCAGGCGCUGCAUGACAGGUUGCUAUGGAGAUGUCACGCAAUUCCCGCGUGACGAGUGCACGUGGUUGUUACAGGAAGUCAGUAGGUUGGAGGAAGAAGCGGAUUGUGUACCGGGUGGCUGGGAACAGACGUGGAAAGGCUUAGAAUAUCCACCUCCCACAAAGGCUUCUUAUCAAGGUAAUCGACUGUGGGUCAAACAACAAUCUCUGAUGCAGCAUAAACGGAACACCAUGGAAGUCAUCUUAAGGGGUAAACUCCAGGUAGAAGACAAGAGUGCUCAAGGAUUUUCUCAGCCUCAUAAUUUCCAGAAGCAUAUGUUCUUGACUCCAACAAAUUGUGACUACUGCUUACAGUUGAUUAUCGGUUUUGUUAGUAAGGGUCUGAAGUGUACAGAAUGUGGUUACAACGUACACGAGAAGUGUCAAUCACAAGUACCAUGGCAGUGUAAGAAACGAGACCUAUCAGAUCAACCGGGAACCUCUCUUGCUAAGAGUACUAUCAGUCUAGAGUUCGAAGUGCCCAACAAGCAAAUGCAUUGUGGCUACUUACACAAGAGGGGACAUCUGUUCAAGCAGUGGAAAUCCAGAUGGUUCGUGCUGGAUGCACAAAGAAACCAGCUGCGCUACUACGAGUCGAAAGAAGAAACACAUUGCGCAGGUUAUAUUGACCUUGGAGAGAUGACAGCUGUUGUACAAGGCAGUUAUUCACCAGGAGCACCCAAAGGAGCAGACAAGAAUGCUUUCUUCGAUCUUCGAACCACAAAGCGUCUGUAUAAUCUACUGGCAGAAGACAAAGAAUCCUGCCUUCAAUGGAUCGAGAAACUCCAAAGCAUGAACGUAUAGAGGUGGAUUAAUUAAUCAAUAAUAGUUCGUAAAUGAACCGUUACCAAUCAAUAUUGAAUCGAGUGGAUAUCGUACAACCAAUAUGAAUUCGACUGCACACAGUGUUGUCAGGGUUGGUUGCUGUAGAAUUUUUCUUUUCGAUGUCAGUUUACAAGAAAUAGUUCUGCUCGGAAUUUGAGUUACGACGUCGCAAAGGAAAUCGAUAAUGCUUCGUUGAGGUUCGGGCUUAACUCGGGUCCUACCGACGCUGGUCGUAAUGUGCUCGUGCGGCCAAGAUGAUCACGAUGAUGGCUUAUUUUAACUUAAAAAGCAAAGAAUAAAUGCUCUUUGGGUUUUAGUUUUUAAAAUCGAAACGAGGACUUUCUCGAAGGAAGGGAAAGACGUUUCAUCUUCAGUCCAAAGAUGUACAUUUGGCAUAGAAGACGUUCCGCUGCCGCAGCUGCUACCGUAAUAAACUAUGGAAAGUUCCCCUCUGGCUUAAUCCGCUUUAGACACACAGUACACGGAUUUUUUUU